AUGUCAAAUUCUUUCUUGAACAUGGACGACCAUACUUAUACAGAUAGUAAAUUGGUCAGUGAUUAUAAAAAGGCAUUUGGUACUAUAAAACAUGGUGAUGAUUUAGGCGAUGAUAUCAAAAUUCAGCCCGAUCAAUCACUGUAUCAAGAAUUAGAUCGUCGACAAUUAUUGAAGCGUGCAAGCCAUCCAUCAGGUUUGGGAAUUCAUUUGGUUAAAGAUGGGGAACUGGGCUUGGCAAUGUUAAAUCAAACACCUAAAUUCUUGGCACCUGGUCGAUAUACUUUCGUGUCACCAUUUAAUCAUUUAGUUGAUGUUGUUAGCAUCACAGAGAAAUUGAUAACAUUAUCAAACAUUCAAAUUGUUACGAUAAAUCAAGGUGAAUUAGGUUUAUCGAGACGAAAUGGAGUAACGAUUCUAUUAGAUCCAGGCCGAUAUAUUUUAAAAGCACCACAUGUAUUCGAAAAAACAACGGAAGCCAAUGCUCAGUAUAUUGAAUUAGGAACAUACCGACGAAUAACCGUACCUGUUGGAUUUGUCGCUGUUGCAUUUGAUAUUGGCAAACAGAUCAUCAUUCGUCCCGAAGAUACUGAAUCCGGACCGUUCGAAACCAAUUCAGCUACGUUUCUGUUUGACAAAC